AUGGUUCGCGAAACGGAGUAUUACGACCUGCUGGGGAUCGCGCCCGGCGCAGACGCGUCGGUCAUUCGAAAGGCUUAUUUUGUGAAGGCGCGCUUAGUGCAUCCCGACAAGAACCGCGAUGAUCCCAAGGCAGCGGCCAAGUUCCAGGCGCUAGGGGAGGCGUACCAGGUGCUCAGCGACCCUGUGCAGCGGGAACGAUAUGAUGCUGCUGGCAAGGCUGGUAUCUCCACAGAGGCAAUGGUGGAUCCAGCAGCGGUGUUUGGAAUGCUGUUUGGCAGCGAGGCCUUUGAGGACUAUGUGGGGCAGCUCGCCAUGGCCACCUUUGCUUCCAUCGCCUUUGACUCCGCUGCUGCCGCCGCUGCCGCUGGUGGUGGUGGUGCUGAGGGGGGCAUUGCAGCAGGGCUGGUUCCCGGGGAGGUUCAACAGAGGCUCAAGGGCUCGUCCCCGGGGAGGUUCAACAGAGGCUCAAAGUGGGAGGUGGGAGGUCAAAGUGCUGCUGCUGUGACUCCUGAGGGGGGUGCGAGCACUGGGAUUGCAGCAGGGCUGGUCCCUGGGGAGGUUCAACAGAGGCUCAAGGUGUGUGGGAGGUGGGAGGUUUAA